GCUCAAGGUGUGGACGCCCCGGCGCCUCUCGUUCGCCAGCGCGCGAGAGAGAGACAGAUGGAUUCCAAUGGCUCUCAGCCGGGAGAAGACGUCGACACCGCGCAGCAGCGCAGCGCCGUGGUAUGCAAAAGGGUGUCUGACAUGCGGCCCAUGAUAGUUGCGAGUGGUAUGCCGCUUCGGGAGCUGUCAGCGCGCUUAGCACUGCCAGGGCGCAGGGAUAUCGUGACGCCGUUGGCGGCAGCUUCGUCGCCGUCCUCAUCGAGCAGGAGACUUCCGAGAACGCCCCCUCGAGCCGCAUCGAAGCCCUCGGCCGCCUCAGGCCUCUCGGAGGCGGAGGUUUUGGUCUGCGGUCCGGACUUGUGCAGUUCUUCGCUCGAGCGGGGCGGCGCGGAUGCGGUACCGCUGACCGCUGGAGCCCCCGCGGGGACGCCAGAGGCCGUCGCGUCAACCCAGGAGAGCUGCGAAGCAGCCCGCGUGUGCGAGGUGCCAACCGAAGCGUUGGACUCCGAAAAGCAGCGCCUCGGCACCAGGGAGCUGGCCGCGCCAGCGCCCGAGCCAGCGGCCGCCUCCGAGCCAGACGCUGCGACGCCAGCGCAGCGCAGCACCGCGGAGUGCGCGGCGCGGCGCGGCGCCUCCGCGCUCCUCGCAGGCCGCGCCGGGCGGCAGUGCCCGCGCGCAGCCACGCGCUCCUCGAGCGUGGCCGCCGUGAGUGCCCCGGCGACCACGCUGCGGCUGGCCAGGCGCUCUCGCUCGGCCCGGUCGGCCCUCGGCGCGAAGGCCGGGAUCGACCGCUCCCUGAGGUGCGAGGCGGAGGCCAAGCGGAGCCCUGGUGGUGUCGACGCUGGUGGUGCAGAUCUUCGUGGAGGCAAGGCUGUGCUCGGCGCGUCGGCCUCAAGUGCCGCGGUAGUCAGCACUAUUGUGCACACCAGCCUCAGCAGAGCGAGCGAUGGGACUACCCAGCGAGCUCCGCAACUACAGCAGGAUGUAGUUGCCGGCGCCCCAGUGAGCUCGGUCGCACCGGUGCAGCACGAGACGACCCAGGUGCCAAACCCUGAGGUGAUUCUGGGUAGCAUCAACGAGCUGACGCGGAAGCUGCUGGGCGUCAUGGAGUGCUUGGAGACCCGGGGCAACGAGGAACCGACGGAGCAGAGCUCCCCUGGAUACGCGCCGGCGGACGCCCCUGUGGCGCGGCUUGACGCCGCUUUCGCGACGCUCCUGCCCGCGCAAUCCGCGGCUCACAGCCCGCGCAGCCCCCGGCGGCCCCCGCUGCUGCAGCCCGCGUCUGCGCCGCACCCAGCGCCGCAGCCUCCUGGACCGCCUCUCCUACUCGCGCACCCUGGCGCGGUCAGCCGCAGUGUGACCGACAUCCCCAAGCUGCCAGCACGUCAGCCGCCGCAGGGGCAGCAGUCGCCCGCGGCCAAGGGCCACACCGUGGUCCCGAGGGCGAGGCCGAUGUCGUCUGCUACUGGCGCGGAGGCCCGCCCCAAGCGCAAGCCUUCGGCGAAGCAGAGGGCGCGCGAGGACGUGCUCCAGCGUCGCAAGCGUUUGGGCCUGGUGGCCAUCCCGCGGGACGAGGCCACCUCCGACGGCCUCGGCGCCGCUGGAGCGCCUCGGAGCGACCAGCCCACGGCAGAGGCAGCGGGCGAGCAGUCACUGCUAGGCGUGACCGCCCUUGGGCGCGCGAGAGGCGGCUGGUACUCCUCCGAGCGCGCUCAGGAGAUCGUCAUCGAGAACCAGCAGGAGGCGAUGCAGAGCCGCAAGAUGGCGGAGGAGAAGCAGCAGCGGCGGCAGGACCAGCUGCGUCGCUUGGAACAGGCCUACAGGUCCAACGUGAGAAGGAUGUCCGCCAGCAGGCAAGCUGCAACUUACGCAGGCUCGGGCAAGGCCAGCACGCGCCGGUCUCCGAUGGGACACCGCCCUGGUCAUCGUGGGCACCGUCAUUCCCGAGCUGUUGAGGCUGCGCCCCAUCGCCAAGUUACCACAGUGCGCUCAAGGUCGCCAGCGCCACUAGAGGAGUUCGUGGGGGACUUCCUGCAGACGGAGAGUGAAGGCGCAUGGACGGAACCCGAGAAUGCCAUCCGCCGUGGUGCGGCGUUGCAUAGCGGCACAGAGGGCGCCCACAGCCGCCUGGGAGCCAGCUUCUCCGACGACGGGGGGAGCCUGCACUCGCGCUCUGGGCGCUUGGGGCUCCGCUCGCCGCUGGCAACCCGGAUUCGGGCCGCGACUCAGCAGCGUGCGCGGCAGCGCCGCCAAUCCAUGUAUCACGAAACUGCAGGGCAGCCGACGAGUCAGCUUCCACAUCCAGGCCACGCGCCAAUCGCAGCCUGGCUUGAAGCGGACGUGCCAGCGGAGAGCCCGUGGGACGGUGCUACCUUGCAGGACCAGCCCGUAGUGGACUCCCACGUCCAGCUGGAAGGCGCCUUCUGGCCCGCGGGCGAGAUGGCCGCAGAGCAGCUGGCCCAGAGCCGCGCUGAGGAUCACUUUGCAGGGCGGCGAGGCCAUCCGCCUCUGUCCGCAUCUUGGGCCGAGGCGCGGGAGUCUCCCAGCUCCUACCUCACGGCGGCAGACCGCCGUCGGAUACAGCAAGUCAUCGCUGAGCAGCAGCAGCUGCGCCAGGCCACGGACGAGCACGAGCAGGCACCAUCCCGGCCGCCCAGCCGCGGCGGCGAGUCCUGGCAGCCUUUCGGCGACACCAUCUCGCACGUGCCGCUUGCGAGCGGGGCCACCUCGCAGCUAGCGAACUCGCGGCCCCCUAGUCGCGGCGGCGAGUCCUGGCAGCCGCUUGGCGAUACCACCCCGCGCGUGCCGCCCAUGAUGGGCCCGUCGGCGCCGAGGUCACAGAACUCGCGGCCCCCGAGCCGCGGCGGCGAGUCCUGGCAGCCGCUCGGCGACACCACCCCGCUGGCGUACGAGGAGGUCACGCCGGAGAUGUACGCCCAGUACGAGCAGCUCAUCCCGCCGCAGGGGCCGGCGCUGUCCUCCCCGCGCUCGGCGGCCUCCGGGGUGGAGGCAGGACCCCCGCCGUUUGCCGCCUCCCCCGAGGGCGACGACCGCUCGGGACCCCUGGCGGCCCAUGCCCUGGUGCAGCGCAGGGAGCGCCCGGCGACCCCGGGCAGCGGCGGCGCGGCCGACGCCCGGCCGCAGCACGGCCUCCGCGGCCCGCUCGCCGGCGGCCGCAGAGAGCCCGAGGGCCGCCACGGCCGCCUCCCCGCAGGGCGCCCCGGCCUGCCCGCGGGCAGGGGCGUGCUGGAGGCCUCCCUGACCGACGGCGGGGUGGACACCGACGCCCCCGUCGAGCCUCAGGACACGGACGACGUGCAGCCCGAUCGGCGGGGCCAGGAGGGCCUCGACGCGUCCGACGCCUCCUCCCCCGCCAGGAACCUCGACGCGGAGCUGGCGGGGCAGGCGAUCGCCGACGGCAUCGAGGUCGUCGACGUGCCCGGCGGCAUCCCCGCAGGCUCACCCGCCGCCCCCGCGGCCGCGGACGACGGGGGCGCGGCGCAAGGUGUGAGGCAGACGGCGGCUCGCAGCCCCGAACCAGGAGGCGCCAACGGCAAACUGGCCUGGUCGCCGGCGGCGGCCCCCGCGGAGGACGUGCUGGAGGAGAGCCCGCCGCGUGCCUGGCAGGAGGCGCAGGACGCGGACGGCGGCCUGGCGGCCGUGUCCGGGUGGGCCUCCGGGCAGCAGCCGCCAGGCCCCGACGCCGCCGCGGAGGGCGCGACGCCCGCCGGCGGCGCCGAGGGCACCCAGCCGCCGGGGGCGAGCUGGCCCCGGCCCGCCGACCGGGAGCCCCCGCAGGAGCCCGAGCAGCCGGCCGAGCGGCCCCGCGGCGAGGCCGCGGCCGAGCGGGGCGGGGCCGAGCCGCCCGGGGCGGAGGCCGAGCCCGCGGGCGCCCCGGGCGCCGCCGGCAGCCGGCCCGUCGUCACGUUCAGUGCCAUUGGGGGCCAACUAUUCGAGAAGCUGGCGCUGGGGGAGAGGCGCGCCUCGGAGAACUUGCCAGACCCCGCCGCAGCAGCUGACGCGAUGCUGGGGCUCCCGGAGCGCCGUGAGCCCAACCUCGCCGCGCACUCCGAGGACGCCAGCCCGUCCAGGCCUCGGCUGGACGAGCAGAACAUAUUCAGUCUCGCGGUGCCCGAUGCGCCCAUUGGCGAGCACGCGGCCGCAGAGACCGACGACGCGGAGGCGGGGUGUGUGGCGGAGGCCAACGGCCCCAAGACGGAGAAGUGCUGCUGGGCCUGCAGGAACCAUUGCGGCAAGGGGAAGGGUGGCAGCUGCUACUGGUGCUUCGUGAUCGUUUUCUUCUUGUUCUGCUUCGAGUUCCCCCUCUUCCUGGUCUGGAUGGUGAACAGCCCGUUGCCGAGCCAGUACUGGAACGAGCUGUACGACAAGUUCCCAGUGUUGGAGGAUCACUCUUUCAUCCUGAAGGACAGCAUCACUAGCUUCACGCUCGAGAUGUCCGACGUCCCCAAAGCAUUUUCGCAAUGCAACCACUCAUGCGCCGGCGGGUCUGGUUCCGACGUCAGCUUCAAUGUCGCUAUGAAAUUGAAUGCACCAAACUUUGAGUACACCGCCUACCCGGUGCUGCUGGCCUCUAACGAUUUCGAGAAUUGGUGGCUGGCCGCGGACAAGCGCGAUUCGACGACGGUGCCCUUCUUCCCGAGCCACAGCGACGAGGACGCUGCGAUCUACCAGCACACGACUGGAAAGUGCACCCGCGUGCCAGACAUCGUGCAGGACUCCGAGGAGGAUACCACAGCCAGUGACCUCGCGACGGAACAGUUCGCGUCCACCCCCACUUACGUGAUGGUCUGUGUGGCGUGGUCCUCGGAGAAGGUGGCGUGGCUGGAGGAAAAUUCACUCAUCGCAGGCGCCGAGCUUGAGAACAUCGGCCUCCACUGCGACGCCGUCGGUGGGGUCUGCGGCUGGUCGUGCGGGUCCGGCUCCUCGGACGCCGACCUGCCCGGGUGCUCCGGGGGUGUGCUCAACGUGGACAGAACGAGCAUCGCUGGCAUUCCUGUGCCGAACGCGAGUUUUGCAGGCUCCAUCGACGUCAGGGCCUGCCUGUCGGACGAGAUGGAUCCUGGGUCCGAGGAGUGCCAGUGUCGCCAGACCAAGUUUGGGGAUAACAGCGAGGCGACGCACUUCGACUACGACAGCCUACCCCGGAUGCAGAUCAACCUGCGUGGGGCCGCGGACGUCAGCGGCUGGCUACCUGGCGCCGACGCGGUGCCCCGCGCCUAUGUGUUCACGUCUGGCGUCGACGUCAACAGCGCUGGCCCCGCUGGCAUGAUUGGUGGCUCCUGGAAGAGGCUGUACGAGAACCCCUCCGUGUACGACGGAAUCGCUAACCCAGCGCCAGACCUGCUUGCACUCGUAGAGGGAACAGAUGAGGCGGCGGACGACGAAGACACCACGGCGUCGCCGACUGUUCGAGACUCGACUUGGAAUACGAUGCAGUUCUGGGACAUGAACAAAGUCACGCUCAAGCCUGAUAAGUGCUUUGCGGCGCGUGGACCGCUGUACCUUGUCGCGUGCGCUGUGAACAGCAGCAUGUAUGGAGGGGACGGCUUCGAGCUCGAGCUCGCGCAGACAGUGGCGCCGCCGCCGUUCAACGACCGGUGCCUCGCGGUCACAGGCAGGUGCGCGUACGCGUGCGCGCACUUGGACCAAGCUGCGCCCCUGGAGCACUGCCUCCCAGACGGCACCAUCGACUUCUCGAAGCUGACCUCGAACUUCGAGACUCCGUCGAACGAUGGAUACGCGGUCAACUCUUUCGUGCUGGUGCUGCUCAUCGGGUUCGCAGUGAGGUUGGUGACAUACUUCCCUGGUCUCUUCAUUCCGUACAAGCACCCCAAGUACUACGAUCCCGCGAUGACUGGACAGCUCAAGUACAUCGCCGUCUGCGCGCCGAGCGGAGGCGAGACCAAGGCAUGCGUGUUGCGCAACGUGGUCGGUGCCUUCUCGGGCAUGCCCAGGAAGUGCCAGUGCCCCUUCUACGUGAUCUUUUGCGACGAGGGCCACAGGCACCCGCAGAAGGUGAUGUUCAAGGCCCUGGUGACAGUCCUGAAGCACAUCCCGGACAUAUCCCUCAACCAGAGCAAGGGCGUCCCGAAAACUCCACGGGGGCAAAACGAGUGCAACGCCGCCCUGAAGGAGGACAAUCUCAAGACCUUCACAAAGCUGUGGGUGGAGCAGACCCGCCUCUUUAGGCUGGACCAGUGCAACACUGCGAAGACUGCGGACAAGAUUAAGAAGCUGAGGAAGGCGCUCAAGGAUGGCGAGGAGCCUACGACGGAGAUCAAGAAAUUGGAGAAGCAGCUCGACGACCUGGCGGGCGUCAGUGCGCUGAGGACGCUGCAGGCCCGCUCUGGCUGGCCGAAGAGCGGCGACGGCUCUCGGGGCGGCGAGCUGAUUCGUGACCUGGAGGAGGCGCUCCAGCAGGUCCGGAAAGAGCUCACGUGCGGCGAGAAGACGUUCGACGGGGCCGGCGUCUGCGACAAACGCGUGCCGUAG